AUGGAUCAAGGCGAAGUUGAGAAUAUGAGGCGAAAAGAUACUGUCCUGAAUCAACUUCCGGAAACCUUCACUGAUCGAGAUACCCGCAGCUUACCCUACUUGAAUCAGGCCAUCAAGGAGACAUUGCGACUAUACACAGCUUUUCCGGACGCACUGCUGAGGACUGUCCCUGAAGAGAGCCACUCACCUGGCCGGAUUCAGCCUCCCUGGAGGGGCAACGAUAUCACACAGGCAUAUAGUAUGCACCGGGAUCCGAGAGUCUUUCCUCACCCGCUCAAUUCCUAACCCGGAACGAUGGGCUUCGCCUAGCAAGUAGAUGGAAGACGCGUCGUUACCCUUUGGGGGUGGGAUCUCGCAGUUGUCUUGGUAUUCAUCUAUCCCGCAUGGAACUGCGACUUGCCACGGCUGUGUUUUUCCGCGAUUUUCCUUUCAGUAAGGAUGUCGACUCGUGA